AUGGCUCUUCUCAUCGUCGUCGUCUUCUUCUUCACGCACGUUUCCAUGGCUCGAGGAGACAUUGGUACGGCCACAGCCUAUGGCCCUCCAUAUCUACCCACCCUAUGUAAUGGGAAUCGCGUCGAUCAGUUCCCACCUGGCAACCUCUUCGUGGCGGUGAAUGAAGGGCUCUGGGACAACGGUGCUGCUUGCGGUCGACGUUAUAGAUUAAGAUGUUUGAGCGGACGAAAUCACCCAUGCAAGACUGAUAUCAUCGAAGUUCAGGUGGUGAACUUCUGCCCCAAGUCCCCGUGCCCCUCUUCCUUUCUCAUGUCUAAAGAGGCCUUCGCAGCUAUCUCUCGCCUCCCCAAUGCUAGACUCAACGUCGAAUAUAUCGAGUACGUUAUCAUCUCUCUUCUUUGA